AUGGGGAAAUCUGCCACCGAGGUCUACAAGAUGACAGCACUGUCUAUAGCGACUAGAAGCUUAGGUCGACUGCUCUCUUUGCUGGGAGUGGGUGCGCUUGCCGCCUACCUCUGGGCCCGCGGUUCAGAUCGCGUACCAUUCACCACAUGCCCUGCAAGGCUUCCAAAUCCCUCUGUCAAGAUCUUGAGCAUCGAUCCAUUGAUUACGCAUAUUACGGAUUUCGUAUCUCCCAGUGAGAGAGUCUACCUUAUGAGCCUUGGUAGCACACUACUCGUGCCAUCUACCACUCUAGAUGAUACCGGUAAACAAGUCUCGGGCAGUUCCUUUCGCACAUCAUCUACCGCCUUCCUUCCGUUCAGUGACCCUUGCGUGGAGCGCAUCCUGCACCGUGCCGCAGACUUUCAAGGCUUCAUGCGUACCGAGGACAUGAAUAUUCAGAUCACCGCCUACCAACCGGGCCAACAAUACAAGCACCAUUACGACUGGUUCUCCUAUCCACCUGGCACUAGCACUAAGAACACUAUUUCAACGUUUUUCGCAAUACUGCACGCCACUUGCAGUGACUGCGGUACAGAGUUUCCCUUCCUCAAUACAACCGCUCGCCCACAGUACGAUAAGCGAUGGUGCGAGGUCAUUGACUGCGACAAGCCAAUUCUUACGACGCGUAAUGUUGAGGGCAGCGCGCUGUUCUGGGUCAACUUGGACGCAGAAGGAAAUGGCAGACAUGAUACGCUUCAUGCAGGGCUGCCUGCAACCGGUGGUCAGAAGGUUGGGUUGAACAUCUGGACAGACUGCGAGGUGAGCGAGAUCUGGGACAGGGGCAUGUUUGGAGGAAGUCUGAAGCCGCCAGUUUUGAAGACAAAACCGUAG